AUGGCGCCAUGGGUGGAGCUGGAGCUGCUCUGGCCCCUAUAUGACCCUGCAGGACCCCGUGUGUCCCUGCAGCGCAAGCUGGAGCUGGUGGUGGGGGCGGUGCGCAAGCUGGAGCUGGUGGUGGGGGCGGCGGCGCCGUGGAUGGAGCUGGAGCUGCGCGGCACGGGGGGGGAGCUGCUGGCGCGCCUGGAGCCCGACGAUGCCCUGCUCGGAGCCUUCCCCGUCAGCGACGGCUGCGGCCUCCACCGCCGGGCGGACCCCCCCGAGCUGACGGAGGUGACCAAAGCCACGCAGGCGACACGCGCGGAGCUGCGCCGCCGCUUCCUGCUCAGCCUGGCAGCCGCGCGGGGACAACCGGUGACGUUCGUCCUCUGCCAGCGCGUGCGGGUCAGCGCCGUGCUGGGGGCUGCGUGCGUCCCCGACGGCACCGAGGUGGCCGGGGACGAUGGCAGCGCGGCGGUGGCCUUCCAGGUGGACGCGCUGCAGACGCCGCUGGGGGUGCAGGCGGCCGCGCUGCUGCGGGGACGAGACGUGGUGGCCUUCGGGUUCCGGGCGGCUGAGAAACGGGGGAAGUGACGGGGAAAUAAAUGGGGAAACGAGGGGAGGAAA